UACACUGUGUGUGUGUGUACAGGCGAUGGCUCAGGAGUUGUGUGCCGGGGUUUGCGUGGCGCUUGAGGUGAGAGGCGACGACGCCGUGAGGAGGUUCCGGGAACUCUGCGGCCCCUCGGACCCCGAAGUGGGGCGAAUGCUGCGCCCAGCCUCUCUGCGCGCAGCGCUGGGCACAGACAAAAUCCAGAACGCGGUCCACUGCACUGACCUCGUGGAGGAUGGGGAGCUGGAGGUUGAAUAUUUCUUCCGGAUUCUUGACAACUGAACCCUGAGAGUUCAAGCAAGAAACUCACCGCUUCGCUCACUCCCUCACCACCACUCACCACCACUCACCACCACUCACCCCCUGCUCCUCACCACCACUCACCGCAUCCUCACCACCACUCACCACCACUCACCACCACUCACCCCCUGCUCCUCACCACCACUCACCACCCACUCACCACCCACUCACCACCCACUCACCCCCUGCUCCUCACCACCACUCACCACCACUCACCACCACUCACCACCACUCACCACCCACUCACCCCCUGCUCCUCACCACCACUCACCGCAUCCUCACCACCACUCACCACCACUCACCACCACUCACCGCAUCCUCACCACCACUCACCACCACUCACCACCACUCACCGCAUCCUCACCACCACUCACCACCACUCACCGCAUCCUCACCACCACUCACCACCACUCACCACCACUCACCACCACUCACCACCACUCACUGCAUCCUCACGACCACUCACCACCACUCACCACCACUCACCGCAUCCUCACCACCACUCACCACCACUCACUGCAUCCUCACCACCACUCACCACCACUCACCGCAUCCUCACCACCACUCACCGCAUCCUCACCACCACUCACCACACUCACUGCAUCCUCACC